UUCAAUACGAAAAAUUAUCGAUCUAAAGGAGAAUGAGACGUAUGUCAAUAAUUAUUUGGUUUCUGCCUAUAUUUUUCUCAGUGGUAAUUAUACAAAUCGGUGUAACACAACAAAUAGAUUUAAACGAUCCAUACAGAUGUCAACGUAUAUGUACUCCAGAAAAAUGUCGAUGUGUUGGUAGGAAAGGAAUAGAAGGAGGAUUCGGUCCAAUUGGUUCUCCUGGUGAAAUUGGUUCAAUUGGUGAACGUGGACCACCUGGUAAUCCUGGGACAAAAGGUGAAAAAGGUGAUACUGGUCAAUUAGGCAGACAAGGAUUUAAAGGUGAACGUGGCCCACAAGGACCUCCUGGAUAUCCUGGUCAGCAUGGAUUUGAUGGUUAUCCAGGUUUUAUGGGAGCUAAAGGGGAUAAAGGUGAUCCUGGUUGCUAUGGUGAUCCGGGAGAAAAUGGAAUGCCUGGUGAUUCUGGAAGACCAGGAAUAAAAGGUCUGCCUGGAUUUCCUGGUAAUAAAGGUAUUAAAGGAACUCCAGGUUGGGGUGAAAGAGGUCAACUUGGAUUCCCUGGACCACGCGGAGAUACUGGUCCGAUUGGAACUUAUGGUAUUCCUGGUCAACCUGGUCCAAUGGGUGAUACAGGUAAUCGUGGAUUGACUGGUAUUAAAGGAUUUAAAGGAGCACGUGGUUCUCCUGGUAGAAAAGGUCGUCCAGCAGCACCUAUCACAAUCGAAGGUCAAAAGGGUGAUAAAGGUCAACGUGGUCCACGUGGCAGUGAAGGUUAUCCUUGUACACUGGAUAUACAUACACAAAUUGGACCACAAGGUCCACCAGGUCCGGUUGGUUUUAAAGGUGACAAAGGAGAUCGUGGAUCUAUUGGAGACUUCGGUGAAGCAGGUUUUGAUGGACCUCCUGGAGUCCCUGGUGAAAAAGGUCUUCCUGGUCGUCAUGGUGACAGAGGUCAACCAGGUGAUACAGGCUUUCCAGGAUCACAAGGAGAGACGGGUAAACGAGGUCUAGAUGGUGAACCUGGUCGAAUAGGUGAUCUCGGUCCGAAAGGUGACCCAGGACCACCUGGGAUAGAUGGAGAACGUGGUCCACGAGGUCAAAAGGGUAAACCUGGGGGUUAUUUACAUUGUGCAGGACCAAAGGGCAUAAAAGGUUUACCAGGUUUUCCUGGAUUAAAAGGACUUCCUGGUGAAAUUGGUCGAGAAGGACCUUCUGGUACAGAUGGUGAGAAAGGUAAUACUGGUAUAAAAGGAGAUCGUGGUUUAUCUGGUCGAGGAUGUACUGAUGGUCAACCUGGUCUUCCUGGUCCGAAAGGAAAUAUGGGAAGUCCCGGUAUCCGUGGUCCAUCAGGAACUACCGGUCUACCAGGAAGUGUUGGAUUGCGUGGACAACCUGGUGAUGUACCUGAUAUAGCUUUACCAGGACCAAGUGGAAAUCCUGGAGCUCCCGGUUCAUUUGGCAUGAAAGGAUUACCUGGUGAUUUUGGAGAUCCUGGAGAAAAAGGUUUCCCAGGGAGUGGAGAACGUGGUCCAGCUGGACCUCGUGGACCUCCUGGAGAUCCUGGUCUAGUUGGUAGACCUGGAAGAGAAGGACGUCCUGGUAUAAGAGGUCCAAAAGGUGUUAGUGUGGCGACAUGUUUAUUCUGUGAAGAUGGUGAACUGGGACGCCCAGGAGAUGUUGGUGAAAUAGGUGAUAGUGGUUUACCUGGUCGUCCAGGUGCAAAUGGUCCUGAUGGUGAACUUGGAGAGAUUGGUGAUCCAGGUCGUCCUGGUUUACCUGGUCCACCAGGAAGAAAGGGUAUGGCAGGAUUUCCAGGUCAAAUUGGUUUUAAAGGAGAUCCUGGUGAAGUUGGAAUACUAAGAAUUACCAAUCAACAAGUAGUACCAGGUGAUCCAGGUAACAGCGGUUUCCCUGGAGCUAAAGGAGAACCGGGUGACUUAGGUGAUCCAGGUUCAUUUGGUGCUCGUGGCGAGUUUGGAUCCAAAGGCCGUAUGGGUCUUCCAGGCACAGCUGGUAUACCAGGACCUGAAGGUGAUGUUGGAGACAGAGGCUUUCCAGGUGAUCCAGGAUUAGAUGGUAGAGCAUUUGUCGGUGAAACUGGAGAUCCAGGAGAAUCUGGAUAUCCUGGACUACCUGGUUCUAAAGGUAUACGAGGAGCUAAAGGUUAUUGUGAAGGAAUUCAACCACAGUUAACUAAAGGCGUCUCAGGUGAUCGCGGUUUCCCCGGUGAUCCUGGCCCCCAUGGUGAACAAGGCUCACAAGGGAGAAGUGGAAUAAAAGGUACUACUGGACUGCCUGGAGCUCGGGGGAUUCCUGGAGAUGAUGGUCUUCCAGGAGUGUCUGGUUUUAAGGGUGAACGAGGUUUCCCUGGACGAAUGGGAUCACCUGGUUUUCCAGGUUCAGUCGGUAAUAGUGGUGUAGAUGGUACGCGGGGUGAACCCGGAUUCCAAGGACCUCCAGGUCCCAAAGGUCAGAGAGGUAUAAUUGGAGAACAAGGAGAUAUUGGUAGAGUUUCUUAUGCAAGUAAAGGUACAAAAGGUCUACCAGGCGUUCCUGGAUCUAUCGGUCCACUUGGUAAUGAGGGUGUGCCUGGGUUAAAAGGUUUUCCCGGUAGACCAGGGUCAAGAGGUGUGGAUGGCUCGUUUGGUCCAAAAGGAUAUCCAGGUUUGAAAGGUUCACGAGGUAGUAAAGGUUUACCAAGUGUCAGUAGAGAAAUAGGUGCAAUCGGGAUGAAAGGCAGACCUGGUAUACCUGGAUCAUUCGGACCAAAAGGAGCACGUGGAUUGCCAGGUGUUUGCGAUAUUAAAGGUACAUUUGGAAUUCCUGGUCCAAUGGGUCCUAUGGGUCGUCGAGGUCAACCUGGUAUCCCAGGUAUUCCUGGUGAACCAGGAGAUAUAGGAUUUGGAGGACCCUUAGGAAGAUCUGGGCCAAAAGGUGAACGAGGUCUUAGUGGUUUGCCUGGAAGAAUUGGAAUACGUGGACCAAAAGGACGAAGUGGAUGGGCGGCUUCAAUUGGACCAAAAGGGAAUCCUGGAAGAAUUGGUCAACCUGGAAAUCCUGGUCCACAAGGUAGACCUGGUCCCAUGGGGAGACAAGGUUUAAAAGGUUCACCUGGAAUAUCUGCAAGAUUAGUUCCUGGUGCUAUGGGAGAACAAGGGCCUAUGGGGAUACAAGGUAGUCGUGGUGAAAAAGGUAUUAAUGGGAUUCAUGGUAAAACUGGGAAACCUGGUAUUCCUGGAAUGCAAACAAAAGGACUUCCAGGUAGACGAGGCCUACCUGGACCAUCUGGCCUUCCAGGUGAUUCAGGUAGACCAGGAUUUGCAGGUGUACCUGGAGCCAAAGGUGAACGAGGUUUUCUUGGACGUAUGGGACCUAAAGGUGAUUUAGGUCCUCCUGGAUUCCCUGGAAUAGAUGGCCUUCCUGGUAGUCCAGGAAACAAAGGGCGAAAUGGUUCACCAGGUUUUCGAGGAGAUGAUGGAGCAAAAGGUGAUCGUGGUUUAAUCGGUGAUCCUGGACCAGCUGCACCGCAACUACAAGGUCGACAAGGAAGGAAAGGUCUUACUGGAGUUCCUGGAUCAUUCGGUCUACCUGGUUUAGUCGGUGACAAAGGCUUCUCUGGAGCACCAGGUAUACCUGGAGAUGAUGGACCAGUUGGGCCAACGGGACUCCCUGGAAGUCCUGGUUCCAAGGGAUUACCAGGAGAUCCUGGCUUGCCUAGUCGGUUCGGACAGCAAGGUGAAGCGGGUGAUCGUGGUGAAUUCGGGCGUCCUGGUUUCCAAGGUCCAGCUGGUCAAAAAGGUAAUCUUGGAGAAAAAGGAGAUCGAGGCCUAACACCAUUCUGUCCUGUUGGACUACCAGGAAGACGUGGACCACCGGGUGGAGCUGGCCUCCCAGGACCAGAUGGAGAAAGAGGCAAUAUAGGUCUACCUGGAUUACCAGGUGAAAAAGGUCAACGUGGUCGCACGCCAGAACCUUUGCCUGGACCAAAAGGUGAUAUGGGCCCAGUUGGCCCUGAUGGAUUACCAGGUUCAUUCGGUGAACCUGGAUUCCCUGGACCUGGUGGUGUUAAAGGCCGACCAGGACCAGCUGGAGACCCAGGAUUUCGUGGUAUACAAGGAGAUCCUGGAGAUCGUGGUUUCCCGGGAACACCUGGUCAGGAUGGAGCACCUGGGAGAGAUGGUUUCCGUGGAAACCCUGGGCGUCCGGGUAAUGAUGGAGCUCCAGGAUUAAAAGGGACCCGCGGUUUACCUGGCAGUCCUGGUUUCCCAGGAAUUAAAGGUGUUAUGGGCACUCAGGGAUCUCCUGGUUCUCCUGGUCAAAUGGGUAUCAAAGGUUUACCAGGUCGAUCAGAUCGGGCACAAAAAGGUAGUCGUGGUGAUCCAGGCUCACCUGGAGCACCGGGUGAACGUGGCCUUCCUGGUUUGUCAGGACAACGUGGUAAACAAGGUGAUCCAGGUGAAAAAGGCAUAAAAGGAUUGCCUAAUCCAAUUCCUGGUACAAGAGGUCGUACAGGUGAUCCAGGUCCACGUGGUGACCCUGGGUAUAGAGGAAUGAAAGGUUUUAUCGGUGAAAAAGGUCAACGUGGACCACCUGGAAGAAAUGGUACUAUUGGAUUAGAUGAUAGUGGAUUUCUAUUCACUGUACAUUCUCAAGAUUCUCAACCGCCUAAUUGUCCAAUUUAUACAACACCAGUUUAUACUGGUUACAGUCUUGUUACACUACAAGGUGAUGAUGAUUCAACAACAAUGGAUUUAGGAACACCUGGUUCAUGUCUUAGAAAAUUCAGUAUUAUGCCAUUUGCAAAUUGUUUUGCUAAAGUAAAUGGUCAUUGUCAAGUGAAUAUGAGAAAUGGACGUUCAUAUUGGUUAUCAACAUUAGAACAAUAUAUGCUUUCACCAGCUCGUGUAGAAAAUAUUAAACCAUAUAUUUCUAGAUGUAUUGUAUGUCAAUCUAGAACUUGGUUAGUAGCAUUUCAUUCACAACGUGAUGAUAUUGGUCAAAUGUGUCCACCGGGUUGGGAGAAUGCAUGGAAUGGUUUUAGUUUUCCAAUGGCUAUCGGUUCUUCAUCCAAUGGUGGUGUACAACCAUUAGAAUCACCUGGAAGUUGUUUACAACAUUUUCGUGCAUUGCCAUUUAUUGAAUGUAAUAAUCAUGAUGGUAAUUGUUUUCAUUGGCAAGAUGGUCGAUCGUAUUGGAUGUCUAGUAUUAGACAAAAUGAACAAUUUAUUAAACCUAUUGGUACAACAUAUAAAACAGAGACUGGCAUAUUACAACAUGUUAGUCGUUGUAGUGUAUGUCGACGUGCAAUGGAAUCGUUAUUACGUUGAAAGAAAUUCUUUUUUUUCUUUUUGUCAAUGAUGAUUAAAUGUUCCUUUUCAGAUUUUAUCUUUAAGAAGAAAAUACACAAAAUCAAUGAAUUACUGCCUUUUUUUCUGUUUCUUGUUUCUUUGAUAAGAAGGAACAAUUACUACACAAACACCAACUUACACACACACGCACACACACACUCAUAUAUAUAUACACAUACAUACAUACAUAAAUUAAAAGAUUGCCAACUUGUAUUAUUGAAAAUUAUUUAAUGUAUACGUAAAAACAUUUCUUUCACCUAGAAAUAUUACAUUAACUCGCA